AUUUUUGUCCACCCUCACCGGAGACGACUUGCGGCUGUUGUUUUUUCUAUCACAUCACCUUCCUGAAUCCUGAAUCCUGAAUCCUGAUUGAUCUCUUUCUACUCUUCUCUACCAAUCCAUCCAUGACUGCAAUUGUAACAGUACCCAUUGCUUCAACAUCCUUACUUGCUUACCGCCGUUGUUUAUCUCUCUUCUCAUUGGCCCCCAGGAUCCCCACCAAUACCAUCUCGACUAAUGCCUCCAAUUUCUUAUUUUCUCCCCUCAAACGCCGCCCUCUUCAAACCCAAGCCUCCCUAUCCCGUGAACUCACUGCCACCACCACCAAGGACCGGCAAAUAACCCGAAAUGUGGUCGAAAUCCUUGAGCAAAGAGGCCUCAUUGAAUCUAUAACCAGUGAAAAUCUCCGCUCUGCUUGUUCCUUGAAAGAUAGCCAUCCGCCACUGAAGGUAUACUGCGGCUUUGACCCAACGGCAGAGAGCCUCCAUUUGGGGAAUUUAAUUGGUAUAAUUGUCCUCUCUUGGUUUCAGAAAUGCGGCCAUAAACCAGUUGCUGUACUUGGGGGCGCCACUGGCCGUGUUGGGGACCCAUCAGGGAAGUCCUCAGAAAGGCCAGAUUUGGAUGAUGUAACCCUAGAAAAAAACAUCAAAGGUAUUAAAUCUAUAUUGAAUAACAUUUUGAGUAGAUUCGGUGAUGAUAAAUUUGUGAUUUUGAAUAACUAUGAUUGGUGGAAGGAUGUUAGCUUCCUUGAAUUUCUAAAAAACGUGGGGAAGUAUGCUAGAGUUGGUGUGAUGAUGUCUAAAGAGAGUGUUAAAAAGAGGUUAGAAUCAGAGCAAGGGAUGAGCUUUACUGAAUUUAGUUACCAGUUAUUGCAGGGGUAUGAUUUUCUUCAUCUUUACAAGAAUGAGGGGAUUUCUGUCCAAAUUGGUGGUAGUGAUCAAUGGGGGAAUAUAACCGCAGGGACUGAGCUAAUUAGGAAGAUUUUGGCUGCAGAAGGAGCAUAUGGACUUACAUUUCCUCUUCUUUUGAAGAGUGACGGGACCAAAUUUGGGAAAUCAGAGGAAGGGGCUAUUUGGUUAUCCCCUGCAUUACAAUCCCCUUACAAAUUUUAUCAAUAUUUCUUCACGGUUCCAGAUUCUGAUGUGGUGAGGUUUUUGAGGAUAUUGACCUUCCUUGAAAUAGAGGAAAUAGAAGAAAUUGGGAGAGAGAUGAAGAGACCUGGUUAUGUGCCUAACUCAGCUCAGAGAAGGCUUGCAGAAGAACUAACAAGUUUUGUUCACGGGGAAGAAGGGUUGAAAGAGGCUAUUAAGGCAACUGAGGCAUUGAGGCCUGGUUUUGAUACCAAAUUGGACUGGAAGACAAUUGAGGGGAUUGCUGAAGAUGUGCCCUCCUGUUCUUUAGCUUAUGAUGAAGUUUUAAACCUUUCCAUUGUUGAUAUUUCAGUUCUCUCGGGUUUGCUUGAGAGUAAGUCUGCUGUUCGUCGUAUGCUGAAGCAAGGGGGGCUUUAUCUGAAUAACAGCCGAAUUGAUAGUGAAAGUAAGAAAAUUGAGGCUCAUGAUAUUGUAGAUGGGAAGGUUCUGCUGCUGUCUGCUGGGAAGAAAAACAAGAUGGUUGUGAGGGUGUCUUGAUUGCUUCAGUUUCUGGGUUUUAUCUACUUACAGUGUGAAAACAAGGGAAUUGUUUUUGCAUAAAAAAGGCUGCUGUCUGGACCGAGUGAUGGGCCUCAUCCGUACCCAAGAAGAAACGGGGAGGCAUGUUAGGAUGCCGACUCAUGAGAUGAAAAGUACGCUUGACCGGCAUACAAUCCUUAAAACCACUCUUGUUGAGCUUGGUAGAACUUUGGCUCUCUUUAUGGAUGCCAACGCGAACCGGAUUGGAACUUCAAUUAGUUUAUACACUCCGUCAACAAAAUCCUGUUGGAUUUACCGUUCCCAUACAGCAUCCAGUAAUAAAUCAAGUAUUUAGCUCCCAUCAUGCUGUUGCUAGAAUCCGGCCUAUUUCUACGAAGUGCAUGCCUGGAGAGGUGGUUGCUGUGCGUGUGCCCCUUCUUCAUCUUUCUAAUUUCCAAAUUAAUGAUUGGCCAGAGCUGUCGACAAACGUUAUGUGCUGAUGGUUUUGAUGCUUACUUCAGACAGUGCUAGACAAUGGCAUGUUCAUGAAUUGGAGCUUGUUGAAGUUGUUGCAGAUCAGGUUAGUUUGAGUUAAGCUAUUAUUUUCGUGUUGAAUGAUUGGAUCCCUACAUGUAUUAGUUGUUAAGUUUCACUGCUUUGUGAUUUUUUUCAAGCUCAUAACAACCUUUUGAGAAACUGUCUCUUGUUAGUGACACUACGUUGGUACAAGCCUACUCGAUAUAGUCUCUGUAUAAACAAGUGUCAUUCAUUAUGACGAUUUUGGUCAGUUAGUUUGAACAUGGAGGGGUGUAUGUAUUUUCCAAAAAAAAUAAAUUAGAAUUAGCUUUUCACAGUA